AUGGCUCUGAUGAAAAGGUGCUACGUCCUCAGCUCAGUUCCAGGAGCUACGUCCACAGCUCAGUUCCAGGAGCUACGUCCUCAGCUCAGUUCCAGGAGCUACGUCCUCAGCUCAGUUCCGUGUGCUACGUCCCCAGCUCUGUUUCAGGUGCUACGUCCCCAGUUCUGUUCCAGGUGCUACGUCCCCAGCUCUGUUCCAGGUGCUACGUCCUCAGCUCAGUUUCAGGUGCUACGUCCCCAUCUCUGCUCCAGGUGCUACGUCCCCAUCUCUGCUCCAGGUGCUACGUCCCCAGUUCUGUUCCAGGUGCUACGUCCCCAUCUCUGCUCCAGGUGCUACGUCCCCAUCUCUGCUCCAGGUGCUACGUCCCCAUCUCUGCUCCAGGUGCUACGUCCACAGCUCAGGUCCAGGAGCUACGUCCUCAGCUCUGUUCCAGGUGCUACGUCCCCAGCUCUGUUCCAGGUGCUACGUCCCCAGCUCUGUUUCAGGUGCUACGUCCCCAGCUCAGUUCCAGGUGCUACGUCCCCAGCUCUGUUCCAGGUGCUACGUCCCCAGCUCUGUUCCAGGAGCUACGUCCCCAGCUCUGUUCCAGGAGCUACGUCCCCAGCUCUGUUUCAGGUGCUACUUCCUCAGCUCUGUUCCAGGUGCUACGUCCCCAGCUCUGUUUCAGGUGCUACGUCCUCAGCUCAGUUCCAGGUGCUACGUCCUCAGCUCUGUCUCAGGUGCUACGUACUAAGCUCUGUUCCAGGUGCUACGUCCCCAGCUCUGUUCCAGGUGCUACGUCCCCAGCUCUGUUUCAGGAGCUACGUCCUCAGCUCUGUCUCAGGUGCUACGUCCUCAGCUCAGUUCCAGGAGCUACGUCCUCAGCUCAGUUCCAGGUGCUACGUCCAUGAAACAGCCUAUGUGUGUGUCUGUGGGUGUGUGGUUGUGUGUCUGGGUGUGUGUUGUGGUUGUGUGUCUGGGUGUGUGUUGUGGUUGUGUGUUUGUUGUGGUUGUGUGUCUGUGUGUGUUGUGGUUGUCUGUGUGUGUUGUGGUUGUCUGUGUGUGUUGUGGUUGUGUGUGUGUGUUGUGGGGUGUGCCCGGCCCCCUGAGGUGAUGGAUGCUGGUGGGAGGCUGUUAUGCCACAAGGUGAAAGUGUCCAUUAAUCAGGCCCACUUCCUGCAGGCCGUGGCGUUCGUGGCGUUCCCAUUACCGUGGCGUUCCCAUUACCACCGCACUCGGUGCGGCCUGAUUGGUUUUUAA